AUGACACACGGACAACGGUCCCCGUCUGAAGAGACACCGCUUAUCGCGCCCUCCCACCAACCCCAACAUGACUCGGAGGUCACCCUCGGUGUUCCGAGGGGACUGGCAAUUGCAAUUAUUAUGGGGCUAUUGAUUUUCAUUCAGUCAACCAACAUGUCAAUGAUGACAACCGCCCAGUCCGAUAUUGCCGCCGAUUUGGAUAGCUUUGCAGAAGCAACUUGGUUCACCUCUACUUACAUGAUUGCCAUGUCUAGCGUCACUCCGUUGGCUGGCCGACUCUCAAACAUAUUCACCCCGCGUCUCUAUGUGGUUUUCUCGAGUACUCUGUUGGCCAUUGGCCUUUUCAUCACGGCUGCCGCCCCGAGCCUAACGGUUUUCCUUUUAGGACGUGCCGUUGCAGGAUGUGGUAGUGGUGGGUUGAUGAGCACCGCGAUCAUACUGGCUCUCGAUCUGGCAAGCCCAGAACGUCGUGGACUCUGUAUCGGUCUCGUCAACACAGGUUUUACAACCGGUGUGGCUUCAGGUGCUGUUCUAGCAGGACUCUUGACGCCGAUCUUGGGAUGGCGUAUAUUAUUUUGGAUCCAGGCUCCAGCCGCACUAAUCCUGGGCCCUUCGUUAUUCCUGGUUAUCCCUGUUUCAUCAAGGGGCCUGGGUCUGGUGAAGACCCGUGCUUUGAUGCGUAAUCUUGCCAGAGUAGACUAUGCGGGUGCUUUGACUUUGACACUCUCGGUCACCCUCCUGUUGUUCAGUCUGUCCUCGCCUAAAAUUGUUGUGUGGCCCAUUCCGGUCUCCCUCGCCUGCUUUGCUAGUUUUCUCUUCAUCGAGUCCCAAAGGGCUAAUGAGCCCGUUAUACCUGUUCGAUUGCUCCGAUCUCGCAGUAUUCUGACGACUUGCCUUGCAAGUCUCGGCUUGAUGAUGGCGCGUUGGUCCGUUCUGUUCUUCACGCCGGUCUAUGCCAUGGCGGUUCGAGGCUGGUCACCUGCAUCCGCAGGACUUAUUCUGGUUCCCACGAAUGCGGGCUUUGGAAUGGGAGGACUGCUCGUUGGCUGGUUACAUAUUCGCAAGUCGAGCAGCUAUUAUUUUUCAUGUCUGGUCAUCUUUGCGCUUUUUGCUUUAUCGACGUUGAUUCUGUCGAUUAUCUCUUCGCCCACCUCUUCGGCGGUGCUUUAUCUCAUGACUACCUUUCUGAACGGGCUUUUUGCCGGGGCGCUUAUGAAUUACACGCUGUCGCAUGUCUUGCAUCUCACAGACCCUCGGAUUCAUUAUAUAGUCAGUUCAUUGGUGGCAAUGUUUCGUGGAUUUGCAGGGAGCUUUGGAUCAAGUAUUGGGGGCGGUUUCUUCACCCGCAUUCUCAAAACAUCGCUGGAGACGAGCUUCUUGGAGCACAGGCUGCCACCGAAACCAGACUUGGUUCGCACGCUGCUGGGAAGUCCAGCGACAGUCAUGCAUCUCACAGGAGCUGAGCGGUUAGCUGCCAUUCAGAGCUACCAGCAUGCUAUUCAAAUGCUAUUCCUGGCUGGCAGCCUGUUAGCUCUGGUAGCUACCGCAGUACAGGCUGGGACAGGAUGGACACCAAAGGUUGAAGAAAAUGAGCUGGAGGACAGUAGUGCCGAACAAAACGCCUGA